AUGAAUCGGUUUUUCCUACUUUUAUUAGUAGUAUUGUAUUACACGAUAUGGCUUCUUCUACCCAUGUUUGGCUGGGAAGAUAAAGUCCCAAUUCUACUUUUCCCCCUUCCAAGUGUUUACGCCAUAUACCUCCCAAUUUUUUUACUACUGCUAGGUACCGUCUUAAUUGGGACCUUUUUGGGAUUAUUACUUUUGUUUGCAUAA